AUGGAAUUAAUGUUUUAUCACAGUGCACACAAUCAACAGUCACAGUGGGAACUCAGAUUGUUGUUUUGUUUGGCAAUCAAAAAGUCAACAGGUGAAAGGAGGACUCUGCCCUCUGUCAUAAAACCAGGGGUUUUAAAAAGCUGUCAAACUUCUCUGUCCACACUCUCCAACACGACUCAAAGAUACAUCAUGCUUCUUGCCACUUGUGCCGUUGCUCUCUUCUGCUUUAUACCUGCAAGCAGUUUGGCUCCUCCGAACUGUGAGAAUCUGGUCCGGCCUCUGGAUCAUGUGGACGGUCAUCAACUGGACGGACCAUGGGCUAUGAUCGCAUACAGUACGGUGGAACCGGAAGGCGUCCUGAUGAUAAACAAAUAUAUAGACAGUUUGGUCAUGAAGUUUUCUAAUGCCAGCGAUACCUCCAAUACCAGCAACCAUUUGUUAGAGUCCAUCUUAGGUCUUGUUGGCUAUUGCGAUUAUAGUACCUCCAACAUCACACUGGAGGGCAACGGCUUCUUCCACCAGGAUGUCUUCACAGCCUUCAUCCAUACCGGCUGUUCAGACUGUUUGUUAAUGCGUGCAUCAAAUGUAGGGUCCUUGCACCUGUUUAGCAAGAGGAGGGAGGUGGAGAAGGAGGUGAUGGACGAGUUCAAGACUCAGGCAGAGUGUAUGAAAAAUCAACCACCUGUGAUGAUGGAUUCCUCCAAAAAGCUCUGUCCAGACCAGAAGCCCACCCUGUCUGAAACUGAAGACUUGGAACUGAAGCUAAAGGCCGGAGAGAAGUUUAUGGCAUUAGAGAAUGAAGCUCCUGAUGCAUGA